AUGACUGCCCCAGACGAAGCCAGCGACACCCCCGCUGCCGCUGGGCCAAGGACGCCGACGUCGACUCCGCAGUCCCCCGGCACACCGACACCUGCCCACCAAUGCAGAAACUGCCGAGCAUCGUUCUGCCAACCUCUCGGCUGUGGCCAUGUGUACUGCAAUGAGUGCCUCGGUUCUCCACACAGCCUCGCGCCUGGCAGUACGGGCUGCCCUGAGUGCGAUCGCAGAAAAGUGACGCCUCCAAAGCCCUUGACUCCUGAGCCAAAGUUCGAGCACGAGCCCAACCACGAGUCUGGAGAGUUAUAUCUCAAGAGAACCCGUCGAAUAUCCUGGGUUUCGUUAGUUAUGCUCCUCAUGAUCAUGGUUCUUGGGAUUAUCAUGAUCUUUGCGAGUAUCGAACUUGCCUGCGCAGCCGGUCGCCUAUCUUCCGCCAAACUCCCGUAG